AUGGACGCGCCGAACCGAGAGCUCCUCCUAAUCCUGCGCACCGGCGCGAAAACCGCGGGGCACCCACGGUGGACGCACGGCGGGUUCACGUCGCUGCUGAUGGACGAGAUGGCGGGCCAAGCGUACGCGGAGUUCGUGCAGCCGACGCGCGGGAUCGGCAUGACGGCAAACUUGACCGUCAACUUCGCGUCGCCGCUGCCGACGGACUCGGACCUCCUCGUCGUCGCGGGCGUGGAGAGGACGGAGGGGAGGAAGGUGUGGCUCAGGGUGGAGGUGCGCGACGGGCCGAGGCGCGCGUGCGAGGUGGACGGGAGAGCGGCGAGGGGGGCGAACGUCGAGGACGACGACGCGGGGGGGGGCGGCGAGAGCGAGGGGACGUUGUUCGCGUCGGGGAGCGCGCUGUUCAUCGUCCUCGCGAAGGAUUGA